AUGCCGCCGCACAAUCUAGAACCCCUCCCGCACGCGUACAAUAGAGUGUCUCUCCCAAGCCACCUCACAUUCCGGACACCUUCCGCACGCAUACAAGAGAGUGCCUCACCCACGCUGCCACACGAUCCGGACCCCCUCCCGCACGCGUACAAGAGAGUGUCACUCCCAAGCCACCUCACAUUCCGGACAACCUCUGUACGCAUACAAGACAGUGUCUCACCGAAGCUGCCGCACAAUCUGGAACCCUCCCGCAUGCAUACAAGAGAGUGUCGCUCCCAAGCCAACCCACAAUCCAGACACCCUCUGCACACAUACGAGAGAGUGCCUCACCAACGUCACCGCACAAUCCGGACCCCCUCCCGUAGGCGUACAAGAGAGUGUCGCUCCCAAGCCACCUCACAUUCCGGACACCCUCCGUACGCAUACAAGAGAGUGUCUCACCCACGCUGCCGCACAAUCCGGAACCCUCCCGCAGGCGUACAAGAGAGUGUCACUCCCAAGCCACCUCACAUUCCGGACACCUUCCGCACGCAUACAAGAGAGUGCCUCCCCCAAGCCGCCACACGAUCCGGACCCCCUCCCGCACGCGUACAAGAGAGUGCCUCUCCCAUGCCGCCGCACAAUCUAGAACCCCUCCCGCACGCGUACAAGAGAGUGUCACUCCCAAGCCACCUCACAUUCCGGACACCUUCCGCACGAAUACAAGAGAGUGCCUCCCCCAUGCCGCCACACGAUCCGGACCCCCUCCCGCACGUGUACAAGAGAGUGUCACUCCCAAGCCACCUCACAUUCCGGACAACCUCCGUACGCAUACAAGAGAGUGUCUCACCCACGCGGCCGCACAAUCCGGAACCCUCCCGCACGCGUACAAGAGAGUGUCACUCCCAAGCCACCCCACAAUCCGGACACCCUCUGCACACAUACGAGAGAGUGCCUCACCAACGUCACCGCACAAUCCGGACCCCCUCCCGCACGCGUACAAGAGAGUGUCACUCCCAAGGCACCUCACAUUCUGGACACCCUCCGCACGCAUACAAGAGAGUGCCUCCCCUACGCCGCCACACGAUCCGGACCCCCUCCUGCACGCGUACAAUAGAGUGUCGCUCCCAAGCCAACCCACAAUCCGGACACCCUCCGCACGCAUACAAUAGAGUGCCUCUCCCAUGUUGCCGCACAAUCUAG